AUGUCCGUAAAACAAAUAAAACGUCAGUUAUAUUUUUUGGAAAAUUGGCCCGAAUAUAAUUUUGACAGAUUUCGAGGGAUUGUUAAUGAUGAUUAUAGAACAACAGAAUGUAUUAAUAUUUAUGGAUUUGGGCAGCACAAAAGUAAAGAGAAUUGCGUUAAGUUACAUACUAUUUUAGAUAACCUAGAGAACAAUUUAGAUUUAUCACAUGGUAAAUUUAGUAAUAUCUGGAAAAGUUUUAGAAGUGUUAUUUCGUAUACAAAGGAGAACAAUGUUUAUUCUUCCACUGCAAUGGACAAUUUCAUAGAUACUUUUGGAAAAAUUGUUGAAGAAAAUUAUGUGAAAAAUUUUAAUAAAUAUAAGAAUUUAUAUGGGACGGAAGAAGAAGUUAUAGACACAUUGAUGUUGUAUUAUUUUGUGGAAAACCUUGGAAAUAUUAAUAGAAUGAUUAGUAACGCACAUGAUAAAAAUAAUAAUAUAUGUUGUUGGUUUAUUAAUCAUUGUCUUGAAAUAGUAAGAAAAUAUCAAAAUGGUAAAUGCUCGAAUUAUAAUAUAAAUGAUAAAUCUAGUGGUAGCACCAUAUGUAUAGAAGUAAAAAAUUUUUUGGCACAAUAUGGAGAGAAACUAUACCCCCAUAUAAAAUAUUUGCAAAACUUAGAUAAACUUGAACCGAAGCAUUCAAUUACUGAUGCAAUAUUGUGCUCAUCAGAAGACCCAUUUAGAAAUAAUUUUCAUAGUUUUUUUAGAAGUAGUUCAGAAUUAACAAAAACAGGAAAAGGAGUAAUAACAGUUUUUUCCAUUUUUGGAGUUUUUUUGAUUCUUUUCUUUUUAUAUAAGGUUAGUAAAAAUAGUUUACUAAUAUGA